AUGGACACAGAGGACCUGGCUCGAUUAAGAACCCAGUCUGCGAGAGUUAUGUUCCCAAGAACCUGGUGGCAAAGAUCCUCGCUCAUAUAGAGCAUGGACACUGAGGACCUGGCUCGAUUAAGAACCCAGUCUGCGAGAGUUAUGUUCCCAAGAAGCUGGUGGCAAAGAUUCUUGCUCACGUAGAGCAUAGACACAGAGGACCUGGCUCGAUUAAGAACCCAGUUUGCGAGGGUUAUGUUCCCAAGAACCUGGAGGCAAAGAUCCUUGCUCACGUAGAGCAUGGACACAGAGGGCCUGGCUCGAUUAAGAACCCAGUCUGCGAGGGUCAUGUUCCCAAGAAGCUGGUGGCAAAGAUCCUUGCUCAUGAAGAGCACGGACACAGAGGAUCUGGCUUAG